AUGCCUGAGGGUGGAAAUCGAUUUGCUACUGCUCCAUGCACACAGUUGUCUGUCCAAGCCAUCCGGGACUUAGAAAACCAACACUCGGUGACCAUUGUCAAGAAGCCACGGCCCGCCAGGCCCAAAAUACGCUCGGUCAUAUGGCAGCAACCUCUCAAAAAGAGGGGGGGUGUUCAAGACGGCCAUGUGAACAAGACCUAUGAAUAUCCCCAACCCCAGCGUGAAGUGGCGUACUCCCAUGCAGAGUAUGUCUGGGGGGGAGAAAACACGCCUCAAGUGAAGUCAACCAUGUGGCAGUACCUCCAGAGAAAUGAGCAGUACUAUCAGGGUGCUGCCAGGAGCGUUCCUGGGCCCAGCUACAACCAGCAGGCAGAGGUAGGUCCUUACAGAAAGUACGACCAUGAGGAAUAUGAACGGCGCCGCCAGCUGGAACAGGUUCCACAGAUAACGCUCCAAGUCCCUAUCACCGACCUCAACAAUCUAUCAAAAUUGAACGCAUAUCGCCGCCGUCUCGGUCUCGGCCCCUCCAAGAACCUAAUGAGCAGCGCCAUCUACGACCACCAUCCCUCAGCCGUCGACAACUACUAUGAACAAAAAGACGUGAUGCGCUGGGUCUUGCACGGCAGCCACGACGACGACGACGCAGCAGACCUGCGCCAGGCCCGCGAAGCAUUGCAGGCCAAGCAUCAGAGGAGACUCUACCUCGAGGUUCUGCACAAGCGAGUCCUGCGCCACAGUAGCGGGAACAUUUCCGCCGACUUGGCUCGUUCACCCGAGACUCGCUCGCCCCAGGAAUAG